GAGCCGUUGCGGGAAGACGCUGGGGAGUGGAGGCCGCGCGGUUCGGAGCGAUGAUUCCCCCGCAAGAGGCGUCCGCCCGGCGGCGGGAGAUCGAAGACAAGCUGAAGCAGGAGGAGGAGACGCUGUCUUUCAUCCGAGACAGCCUGGAGAAGAGCGACCAGCUCACCAAGAACAUGGUGUCCAUCCUGUCGUCCUUCGAGAGCCGUCUCAUGAAGCUGGAGAACUCCAUCAUCCCCGUGCACAAGCAGACGGAGAACCUGCAGCGGCUGCAGGAGAACGUGGAGAAGACGCUGUCCUGCCUGGACCACGUCAUCAGCUACUACCACGUGGCCAGCGACACCGAGAAGAUCAUCAGGGAGGGCCCCACAGGGAGGCUGGAGGAGUACCUGGGCAGCAUGGCCAAGAUCCAGAAGGCUGUGGAAUAUUUCCAGGACAACAGCCCAGACAGCCCGGAGCUCAACAAAGUGAAGCUGCUCUUUGAGCGGGGGAAGGAGUCCCUGGAGUCCGAGUUCCGCAGCCUGAUGACCCGGCACAGCAAGGUCGUGUCCCCGGUGCUCAUCCUGGACCUGAUCGGCGGUGACGACGAGCUGGAGCUGCAGGAGGACGUGGGCCUGGAGCACCUGCCGGAGAGCGCGCUGCAGGACGUGACCCGCAUCUCCCGCUGGCUGGCGGAGUACGGCCGCAACCAAGACUUCAUGAACGUCUACUACCAGAUCCGCUCCAGCCAGCUGGACCGCUCCGUCAAGGGCCUCAAGGAGCACUUCCGGAAAAGCAGCUGCUCCUCCGGGGUCCCCUACUCCCCUGCGGUCCCCACCAAGAGGAAGGACACGCCCACCAAGAAGCCAGUCAAGCGGCCAGGGACGAUCCGUAAGGCUCAGAACCUUCUGAAACAGUAUUCCCAGCAUGGUCUAGAUGGGAAAAAGGGGGGCUCUAACCUCAUUCCUCUGGAAGGUCUCGAGCAUGAUUUCCGAGUUAAGCACCUGUCCGAGGCCCCGAACGACAAGCACGGGCCGCUGGCCGGGAGAGACGACGUGCUAGAUGUGGAGACCGACGCCUACAUUCACUGCGUCAGCGCCUUUGUCAAGCUGGCCCAGAGCGAGUACCAGCUGCUGACCAGCAUCAUCCCCGAGCACCACCAGAAGAAAACCUUCGACUCCCUGAUACAGGACGCCCUGGACGGGCUGAUGCUCGAGGGGGAGAACAUCGUGUCUGCCGCCCGCAAGGCCAUCAUCCGGCACGACUUCUCCACGGUGCUCACCGUCUUCCCCAUCCUGCGGCACCUGAAGCAGACCAAGCCCGAGUUUGAUCAGGUGCUCCAGGGCACGGCCGCCAGCACCAAGAACAAACUGCCCGGCCUCAUCACCUCCAUGGAGACCGUCGGAGCCAAAGCGCUGGAGGACUUCGCGGACAACAUCAAGAAUGACCCCGACAAGGAGUACAACAUGCCCAAGGACGGCACUGUGCACGAGCUCACGAGCAAUGCCAUCCUCUUCCUGCAGCAGCUGCUGGACUUCCAGGAGACGGCGGGCGCCAUGCUGGCCUCCCAAGAGACCAGCUCCUCUGCCACCAGCUACAGCUCUGAGUUCAGCAAGCGGCUGCUCAGCACCUACAUCUGUAAAGUCCUGGGCAACCUGCAGCUGAACCUGCUGAGCAAGUCCAAGGUGUACGAGGACCCGGCUCUGAGUGCCAUCUUCCUGCACAACAACUACAACUACAUCCUCAAGUCCCUGGAGAAGUCCGAGCUGAUGCAGCUGGUGGCCGUGACCCAGAAGACCGCCGAGCGCUCCUACCGCGAGCACAUCGAGCAGCAGAUCCAGAUCUACCAGCGCAGCUGGAUAAAGGUGAUCGAUUACAUCGCAGACAAGAAUCUGCCUGUGCUCCAGCCAGGAGCCAAGCUCCGCGACAAGGAGCGGCAGAUGAUCAAGGAGCGUUUUAAGGGCUUCAACGACGGCCUUGAAGAGCUGUGCAAGAUCCAGAAGGCCUGGGCUAUCCCAGACACAGAGCAGAGGGACAAGAUCCGCCAGGCACAGAAAGACAUGGUCAAGGAGACCUACGGGGUCUUUCUGCACAGGUACGGCAGUGUGCCCUUCACCAAGAACAUUGAGAAGUACAUCAAGUACCGCGUGGACCAGGUGGGCGACAUGAUCGACCGCCUUUUCGACACCUCCGCCUGAGCCUGCGGCGCCCUGGCUGCUGUCAUUGCACAGAUAAACCAGUGUUCACUUGA